AUGUCAUUUUUACCACCCAAAAUACCAGCUAGUUUCAUCCAUGAAUCAAUGCAAAAUCAUGGAGGUGCUAACCAACAAGGAAAUAAUACCAAUAAUGGUCAAUCAGGAGAUCAAACAAAGAAAAGAAAAAGAAUAAGUUCAGUUUGUACUAACUGUAGAAGACGUAAGAUAAAAUGUAAUAGGGAAUAUCCAUGUUCAAAUUGUGUUAAAGCUAAACGUCAAACAAGUUGUGUUUAUGAUGAUGGGAUUAUUCAUACUGCUACUACUACUAAUGCUAGUAGUACAAAUGAGAAUAAGAAUAAAAUGUCUUCAAUACCUGAGAAUAGUUCAAAUUAUUAUUUGUCUAGUGUUAGAACUCCAAUUAAGUUUGAUAAGGAUGUGACUUCAAAUUCAUCAGUGAACUAUGAUAAUAAUUCAAGAAAGAAAUCAAAAACUAGUUCUAUUUCAAGUCUGAUUAGUAAUGGUUCAAAUAUUAAUGGAGAUGAUCAAAAUAAUAUAACAAUGAGUGAAUUAGAUAUGUUGAAACAAAGAUUAGAAAGUAUUGAAUCUAGAAUUAAUGGUGAAACAACUCCUAUUCCAUUAGUAGCUCCUCCAUCAACAACAAAUAAUUCCAAUAAUGGUAAUAAUAUUUUACCACCACCUGUUAAAUUCAAUAGUUUAAGUCCACAAAAUAAACCUGAAUCACUUAUGUUCACACCACCUUGUCCAACUCCUCCUAGUACCAUACCUCAUCGUCCACCACCUUCAAUGAAUAGAUUUCAAACAACUUAUAAUGUAUCACAUACUAGAGGGACCCCAUCUCCUGGUAUUCAAUUACCCCCAAUUAAUGUAAGAGAACAAGAUAACAGAAAUAAUAACAAUAUGAUUCCAACAAAUGUUUCAUAUAGUUCAGUAUCCAAUAAUUCUGAUCCAUAUUUCAAAACUCCGGAUUCAUCAGUUUCCAAUAAGUCUCCUCAUAAUAGUAUUAGUUCUGUUCGCACAGACACGAACAAUACAUUAAUUGGAGUUAAUCCAUAUUUGGAUGAAAAUGAAACAAUUAAUUUUUAUGAAGGAUAUACUUCAAUUUGUAUUAAAGAUUAUCGAAGAAUCAAUCAUGGUCCAUUUGCCUGGAGUUCCUUAAUGAAAAAGGAUAAAGCGUUGAGUUUGUUAUGGUUACAUAUUUGUAAAUUGAAAGAGGAAAAGAGUCAACAAAAUUUCAUAUUUGGACUGUCUGUUAGUGAAAUUAAUCAAGAAAAUACGUCAUUAGUAACAUCCGAAUCAAAUGAAAGUGAAGUUAAUUUUAAAAAGAAGACUUUAGAAAGUUUUGGAUAUAAAGAUAUUGUUCCAUAUGAUGUGUUGAAGAAAAAACUCAAGAAAGAAUUAAAUCAAGUUUCAUUACCCUUGGGAUUAACUUUAUAUGAAGAACAAGUUAAUGCUGAAUUACAAUUAGUUGAUAGAAUUCAUCAGUUAUUACCUAAACAAAAAGUUAUUUGGAAAUCUUUGGAUAGAUUUUUCUCUUUACUUUAUCCAUUCAUGCCAUUUAUUGAUGAAUAUGAUUUCACUGAUUCAAUAAGUAAAAUAAUUGGAUCCAAAAAUUAUAAAGAUGAAAAGAUUAAAGAAAUUAAAGUUGAAAAACGAUUAGAUUUGGCAUAUUUGGGAUUAUUAUUGAUUGUUUUAAGAUUAAGUUAUUUAUCAUUAUUUUCAAAUAAAGAAAGUGUUAAUGAAAUGAGACUCAAUUCAACUGAUCCUUCAGAAGAAGCACAAGAUUUGAAGUAUUUAAUUCAAAAUCCAAUUGGUAUUUCAUUUAUUGAUACUGCUCAUUUAUGUUUAAAUCAAUUUGAUAUUUUCCGAAAAGCUGCAAUGUCAGUAUUGCAACUUGCAUUUUAUUUACAAUUAUACCAUGUGUUUGCACCUGAGGAUGGAGAUGACGGAGAUGGAGCAGAUACUUAUGCUUUAAAUGCAAUGAUUGUACAAAUGGCGUAUUCACUUGGGUUAAACAGAGAUCCAGAUAAUUUCCCCGAUGUCUUAAAUAAUAAACGAGAAAAUAAUAUGGGAAGAAAGAUUUGGCAUUUUAUGAUUUUAACAGAUAUUCAUCAUUCUUAUAGUUUUGGUAAUCCAAGAACUAUAUGUGAUCAAUAUUUUGAUACAAAAUUACCCUUUGUUGAAGAAGGAGCUGAAAAUUUACGUGACAAGAAAUUGGAUAAUUUUGUCACUCUGAAUUUCCCUGGCUAUUUGCCAGUUUAUGAUAUUUUAAGUGAUAUUUUGAAAUUAAUUCUUAAUGUAUCAGGGAAAGUUAAAAUGUCACAAUUAUGUAAAUUAUUAAGUGAAUUUGAAACCAGUAUUUAUGAAAAAUAUGGUACUUUAUCAGAUUGUUUGAAUCCAAAGAAUUGUUCAUUUAAUCAUAUUUAUGCUAGAAAUAUGCCAGUUAAAUUAUAUAUUUCUUUAAAAUCAUUUUUGGUUUCUGUUUAUUUCCAUAUUUUCUUGUAUUAUGAAAAGAAAGAUUUGAAAUUGUCAUAUUUUUAUUUGAAGAAAAUCAUUCAAAUUGCUGCUACUGAUAUCAUGCCUCAUUAUUUUGAAUUAUUAGGUAAUAGUGAAGUUGUAUGUGAUAUGGUUAUAAAUCCAAAAUUGAUUCAAAUUAUUCAUAAAUUAAUCCAGGUUAAUUUAGCAUUAAUAUUGAGAGUUAAUUUUUCAAUUUAUUAUUUUAAAAAUCAAGAAGAUCAUGGAUUUAAAUGUUCUAAUGAUGAAAAAUAUUAUUCAUAUUAUAAAGAAUUAUGUAAAUUUUCAUCAGGUUUAACAAGAUGUGCGGAAGUUGGGGUAGCAGCGGUUUCAAAAUUAAGUACAAGAUAUUAUUAUGCAUGGAAAGUAACCAAAGCAAAUAAUUAUUUAUUGAAAAAGAUAACAACUAUGGAAUUUUAUGAUAAAGAAUCUAAAAUGAGUAAUAAAUUAAUGUUACCAAAUUAUUCAAUUGAAGAAAUUCAAGAAUUAGGAUUAAUGUCAGAAAUUGCAUUAUCAAAAUUAGGUAAAACUAAAGUUAUGGGUGAUGAAUUUUGUACUACUUGUACUUAUAAAAAUUUCAAAUCUGAUAUGUCUACGACAUCAUCUGAAACAAAUCAAACUCCAAAUACUGCCACCACCAUGAAUAGCACCACCACCAACAAUAAUAAUAAUAACAUCAGUAGUACUAAUUCAAAUUCUAUGACAAGUAUUUCUGAUACGAGAAAAUACACUAAUGAAUUUGGGCUAGAUUUUGUUAAUAAUGAAGAUAUUGAUAAGAUUUGGUUACAAAUGAUUACCGAUCAACAACAAAAACAAAAACAAAAUGAACCUAAUACACCUAAUUUUUCAAUGAUGAAUUCUCCAUAUGGUAAUAUUGCUACCCCAGGUAACAAUGGUGGAUUUAAUAAUGACAUAUUUGAUCCUAAUUCAUUUGAUAUUUUAGUCGAUAUUGAUCGUUUAUUAAACAAUGAUGGAUAA